AUGGCGGUCGCCGGCUACUGGUCGUUCGAGGACAAGACACUGUCGAACAUCCUCAACAACUUCCCGCAGAGCGACACGGUCGUGAACAUUGCGCGCUUCUGCUUCGGCCUCAACAUGUUCACGACGCUGCCGCUCGAAUGCUUCGUGUGCCGCGAAGUGCUUGAGACCUACUUCUUUGGGGGCGAGUACGAGCGCCGGCGCCACAUUGUCCUCACGACAAGCCUGGUCCUGUUGGCCAUGGUCAUCUCGCUGCUGACGUGCGACCUGGGCAUUGUGCUGGAGCUGACAGGCGGCCUGAGCGCGACAGCGCUCGCCUUCUGCUUCCCCAGCGUGUGCUACCUGAAACUCAGCCACGAUGCGAGCCAGCUCGACCACUCCUCGCUCUACGUGCCCGUGUCGGACGCCGAUCCCACCGCCACCGACGUGGAGGGCUCCGAGGGGCCCAUCGAGGCCGAGAACCUCUCCCUUCCCCUCCGGCCGGGCGCCGACGUGGCGAGGCGGCAGCCGCAGCAGACGUUCCGCUGGUGGGAGUCAACCAAGCUGCUGAGCAUCGCCUGUGCCCUGUUUGGCUUCCUGGUCCUGAAUGUGUCCGUCUUCACCGCCCUCAGCGACAUGUGGAGCGGCCGCACCGGUGCCACCCAAAAGUGCUAG